ACAAAACAGGUAAAAUAAGUAUCAAGUUCCAGGACUUCUCAAAUGCAAAGAACACAAUUCAGCAUCAAGUGGCACGCGAACGGUUUCGUAGCAACACAACAACGUCCCCACAACAACAAAGGUCUCAGAAACAUGAAACUUUUAGCUUAUUAUCUCACAGACUCGAAUAAACACAGCAGACCUGUGAACGGGGUGUCACACUAGAACACCACCACAGGAAUACAAAGUUCUCCACAACAGCCUGCAAACGGCUCAACCUUUUCUGUACCAUAAGGAGCUGAAUGAGAGCAACACUAAUUCACACACAAAGGCACUGCACCUAACAUGAUGUACAAUGCUUCUUUUCAUUUAUAAUGUGAAUGCAACACAAAAAAGCCCCAAAAGAAUCAAGUUAAACAGUAAAUAAUAUACCAGUUUAUCUCAGAAAUAACAAUGAUCUACAAAAAUGAAGGUGAUUUAGGUCUAUCUAAGUCAAAUCACUGAUCCAGGAGUAGCUCAAAAUUAAAGAAUAGAAUAGAAUAGAAUAGCAUAGCAUAGCAUAGAAUAGAAUAGAAUAGAAUAGAAUAACCCUUUACUGUAAUUGUGCUCAAAGACACAACAAAAUUAAGGGUGCUCCUACUGAACCUUCUUACACUGCAAGAUAAAAUCACUGUCAAUAAAAACACAGAAAACAAAAGAAGAAAAACAGGAUAUGGCAAGACUUACAUGACUAAAAGAAUUUAAAAAGUGUGUGUGAGUGUGUGUGUCUCUGGUGGUGUGUGACCUGACUGACCUAGGGACAGCACUUGCUCAGGACGUAGAGCGUGUUGCCCAGUAAUCUGAAGGCUGCAGGUUUGAUCCCGACUCUGAUCAGAGAAUGCUGCUGUUGUGUCUUUGGGCAAGACACUUAACCCACCUUGACUGCUGGUGAUGGUUGGAGAGACUAGUGGUGCCAGUAGUGUUCGGCAGGCUCUGUCAGUGCGCCCCAUGACGGCUGUAGCUACAUCCUAACUCAUCACUAGUGUGUGGAUGUGUGUGUGAAUGGGUGAAUGACUGAUUGUGCUGUGAAGCGCUUUGGGGGGUUGUAGAACCCUAAGAAGGUGCUAUACAAAUACAGGCCAUUUACCAUUUAAAGUAUUUACCAGGUCAAAUAAAGGGUGGGGCAUGAUGUGUCACCACUGAUGACCUUGAUUCUCUUGAGGUGGCAGGAUGACUUAAAAGUUUUUAAAUUUAACUUAAUUAGUUUAACUUUAAAAUUAAACAGUGAAUCAACCAAGUCAGGAGAUGCUGCUGCCCCAUUUACCUCCCACCUUUCUGUCUCUAGAAGUCAGGUGAAGAGGCAGCUGGAGAGACCGAACAGGAACAAGGCUGCAGGUCCAGAUGGUGGCAGCCCCAGGGUACUGAAGGCCUGUGCAGAGCAGCUCUGUGGGAUUCUGCAGCACCUCUUCAACCUCAGCCUGGCCCAGAAGAAGGUUCCAGUCCUGUGGAAGACAUCCUGCCUUGUUCCAGUUCCAAAGAAAACUCGCCCAUCAGUCAAUGACGACUACAGACCGGUUGCCCUGACAUCCCACAUCAUGGAGAGACUCCUGUUGGUCCACCUGAAUAAGCAAACUAGGACAUAUCAGGACCCGCUGCAGUUUGCUUAUCGCCAUGGAGUUGGAGUUGAAGAUGCCAUCAUCCAGCUGCUUCAACCAACCCACUGUCAUCUGGACAAAACAGGCAGCACUGUCAGGGUCAUGGUCUUUGAUUUCUCCAGUGCAUUUAACACAAUUCAGUCUUAUGUACUUUGCCAGAAACUCCAGAAGACACGGGUGGGGGCCUCAACUAUCGCCUGCAUUAAAGACUACCUGACAAACAGACCACAGUUUGUGAGGCUGAAGAACUGCACAUCAAACCAGGCGAUCAGUAACAUUGGAGCACCACAGGGGACUGUACUCUCACCAUUCCUUUUCACCCUGUACACCUCAGACUUCCAGUACAAAUCAGAGAACGGCCAUCUACAGAAAUACUCAGAUGACUCUGCAGUUGUCGGAUGUAUCAGAGAUGGACAGGAAGCUGAGUACAGAGAGCUGGUGGAGCGCUUUGUGGCAUGGUGUGGAAACAAUCAUCUGACCUUGAACGUGAACAAAACAAAGGAGAUGAUUUUAGACUUCAGAAGAAACAGGGUGGAGUCAAACACUGUUUCCAUCAUGGGAGAAGAAGUGGAGGUGGUUGAGGAAUACAAAUACCUUGGAGUUCACCUGGACAACAGACUGGACUGGAGAAAGAACAGCGAAGCCGUUUACAAGAAGGGACACAGCAGACUCCACUUCUUGAGGACGAUUAGGUCCUUCAAUGUCUGUAGCAAGAUGCUGCAGAUCUUCUACAAGUCUGUUGAUGAGAGUGUAAUCUCUUCAGCCAUCGUCUGUUGGGGUAGUAGCAUCAGAAGCAGGGAUCUGAAAAGGCUCAACAGCCUAAUAAAAAGGCUGGUUCUGUUCUGAGGACGACUGUGGAACCACUGGAGGAGAUAAUGCAAAGAAGGAUUCUCCAGAGAAUCAAGAAAAUUAUGGUUAACCCUGAGCAUUCUCUUCACAAGACUGUCCGACAACGGAAGAGUGUCUUCAGUCAGAGGCUUCUUCAGUUUCGCUGCAACACUGACCGCUACUGGAGAUCCUUCCUGCCAACAGCUAUUGUGAUAUACAAUAACUCUUUGAUGACUUGAUUAUCAUUAUUAUUCUGAGCUACUACAGCAAUCAAUUUCCCUCUGGGAUUAAUAAAGUGUUUUUGAAUUGAAUUGAACAGAGUUUGUAGCACAGAAGUUGUCAGUUUGAGCAACAGGACCUUAAAAUCCUCUCGAACCUGAUAAAGUAACCAGUGGAGAGGACCAUGUUGGAGUAAUGAGCUCAUAUCUCAGUUUUUGUCAAAUACAAGCAGCUGCAUUUUACACCAUCUGCGAACCUCUAAAACAGUUUAAUAAAGUACCACCAGACUCUGUAAAGGACUCAUUACAAAAAACCCACAUCUGACAUAAAUAAAUAGAUCCUUCCAUAGAGGUUUUAAAACAUUAUUCAGCAAAAUUCCCCAAAAGCCAUGUAGUGAAUUCAACAGUCCAGGAUGUGACUUCCAGCAGUAGCCAUUUGCCUGAAUAAGAACUGAGGUAAAGCUAAUCAGGAAACAGGUGUGACUGGAACAGAUUCAGUGGGAGAAAACCCGCAGAUUGGCAGUAAAUGUUUGGCAUGUUGUAUUAAAUAUUGCUGACCUAAUCACAUUAGACACCCAGAACAGCGAGCGCAGCAGUUAUCGGCCAACUGAACACAGUUUGGAUUGAAGCAAGAUAACAGGAGAUAGUUUCAAGGUUUCCAGACACAUCUGCUUCUUCCCAGUCUUUCAUUUGCGUAAUCCUAAACUAUGUACUAUUCAGCAUCAUACUUUACAGAUAUUUCUGAAUUAUUUGAUCAUAAAGCAGUUUCAAACUGCUCUUUUGAUAAGGACAAUUCAAAUAGAAGAAAAUGCUUCCUCAACAAAAUUCCUGGUAGCAGAAAUGGCUGAUCAUUGUCAACGUGUUGCACAUCUGCAGAAAGAGCCAGUAAAUAAUUCCAGAAGCUAAAGUACCUACCAUUCACUGAAAUAAGGAACAUUACUCACUGCCUUUUCUGACAGUGUAUGAGUAUGAUCAAGGUUUUGUAAACAGUGCCACUGUGAUUCAGAUUCCUUUUGUUGUAAUUUCUGUGCAAAAAAGGGUACAGGAACGAAAAUUUGUUGCAGCAGCGCAAUGCAGAAAGUGCAAACCAGUAUAAGAAGAAAGAUAAAAAAACAUUUUAAACGAAUAUAUAGUAAAAAAAAAAGGGUACCUUAAAAAUUCUACCAGAAAGCAUCUUAAAAAAUAUAUAAUAAUAACAGUGAGUUUUAAAAAAAAUGUGACAUCUAAAACUUCCACAAGAGGAGCAGUGAUCAUGUGGAGUUCAGCUUUCUGAUGGCAUAUGGAACAGAGCUGUUUAGGAACCCAUUGGUCCUACAUCCAAUGCUGCAGAUUGAUCUCUGGAGGUACACUAAGCAGCCUUUUAUGCUGCACCCGCAUGUGCAGCUACUCAAGACCAAUUACAUGCUACACGCAGCCAGACCAAUGGUAAUACAGAGGGGUGUGGGCAGGGACAACCCAAGCAGUCAAUCAGCCAGUCGCACUGGCACAACAGCAUUUGUUUGUUAGUAAGAUUGGUGCUUUUUUUCUCCCAUUGGCACAGGCCGUAACCCCCCCCCCUCCCCCCUCAAAAGAGUUCCACAAUGAACUCAAACUAACAGAACGAAAGCCACAAAAACCAGACCCACCACAAAAUGAGUUAAAGACACAAACUACCACAACACACAACGGUAACGUGCACCCUAUACAAUAUACAACAGCCACAGACAAAAAAGAACCAUCACACUGAAGUUGCUACGUUGCUACAUUAAAAGGACCAAGUAACAAUUGAUGAUACCAACACAAAGUGAACUGCUGUCAAAACGAGGGGCUACACCAAGUGGAUCUCUUCCACAGUGAGUUAUUAAAGUAUCAGACAUGGAGCCACCACAACCGCUGUAGCGAUGUGCAUCCAUUGAAGAUCCUCUAAGUUUCACUUAAACUCAUUUAGUAAUUCACCUAAUUUGAAGACUAAAUCAAAAACUCACACAUGCAUGCAUGCACACAGGCAUACGCAUGGGCAAAAACAGUAUCACCUGUCACUCAAAGGAGAAAAGCUGCAGCUGUAUAUGUUAGAAUAAAAACUAGAUUAUUGAAACGUUUUGCUGGUGAAACAUCACAACAUUACAUUACACUUAGCUAACAUCCUGCUCAGCUGAUUAUGACUCCUCUUAUCCAGGCAUCCCCAAAUGUGGUAAAUCUGACCCAGAACAGCACAUGAUGAUGUUAUUCCAUUCACCCCUCACUGGGCCACAACCCCAUCUAUCAGCUAUCAAAAGCCUUUUUAGUCCUUUUGCUUUCUGCUUUCAUAAAUCAUGUUGUGUUGUCAGUCGGUUCUUGCUGAGACAAGACUAAAACAGCCAGUUACCGACUUGAACAAGAAAUGUAAACUUUGCACCGAAGAGUGGGUGGAACGAGAAUCUGAAAGUCUUGGUGAGCCUCUCCGCUGUUGCAAAAAUCCAAGCAAGGCUUCACACCAACAGAGAAGCCUGAACAGUAAAAAAAGUUGGAAUAAAAGACCGCAUGUAGGUUCUGGAAUGGAGGCGUGAACACAGAUAGGAAUGUUCAUGUUCUCCUUCAAUCAUUUUCAUCAAAUUUCAAUGUGACUUUGGCUUCUCUGACAGCAGGAAAUGCAUCUGGGCUGAUAUUUAGAAGCCUUAAAUGAACUCAGAUGAGUGGAUGAAAGCCAGCAGGAGAUAAAAGAAACUACCGGGAAAACCUUCAGGCAACUAGCUUUAGGGAAGAACCAGGUGUGACGGUGCAGUGAGUCAUGAGAGAGGUCUGGAGUAAAUUCAGGAAUUCUGUCUGUCCCAUCCUAAAGGAUCAGAGGGUGUGUUCGUGUUCUGUUAAACAGACAGGAUCACUUUAGUAUACAGAGUGAGUAAUAGGGAGGUGGCUGGAAUAUAAAUAACAGAUAACUGAAAAAUCCACAACAAUACAGAAACGCAUAGUUAUAGAUUAAGCUUUAUUCUCACAUUUGGAAUUCCUUUAAUGAAAAAGGUGGUUCUAUAGGAACGUUUUGACAAAAUAACUGGAUGAAUGUUCUUUUAAUCCACCUUUGGCAUUUAGAAAAUACUUCAAUCAUUCUUUUUUCUUGUGGAAUGGGUAAUUUUGUCUUUAAGGUGACCUGAACAAUAGAAGAGUGGCAACUUUUAAGAAAUAUUUCUCUGCAGACUGGAUUUUAUUUCCUUCUAGGCAGAAACAACAGAUCCUAUUGUGGGUUCAGAUGUCAUAGUUCCUCUACAAGUGUAAUAACCAACUCAAAUCCUGGCAAGCUAAGAUUAUCAGAAGAUUAUCUUAAGGUGGAGUUACUUCUUCAGCCUGAUACAGUCACGUGAUUUACAGUGAACAAAAGUGAAAGUUACUCAGUGACAGCAGGGCUGCAAUCACGAUCAACCUUUUCGGGUCAGAAACUGACAUUUUUGGCAUUUUCAGCAGAACAGAACAUUAAGUCAGAGACGGCAACAGGCAGCAAUCACCUCACUGAAGAUCAGCUUCUGUGCUCCAUCUGUUUGGACAUGUUCACUGAUCCUGUCACCGUGCCAUGUAGACACCACUUCUGCAAGUAAUGUAUCACAAAGUUCUCAUAAUAAUGAGAUAGUAUUAUUAUAAGAUACUAUCUCAUAAUUAUGACAUAAUAAUUUUUUAUCUGAGUGACGGGAGUGGACUUCCAUAAGAAUCAGUGUCCCAUCUGCAACGAGAAGUUCAGCGC